UACUUAAGUACAGCGUUUGAGUACUUUUGCCACCUCUGUUCAUUUCCUCACUUGAUGAGUUCAUUGAAAGUUCUUCAGUGUAGCAUCGCUGGUUCAUGGGCCGCGGUCCGCCCUUCACUUUAGCUCCAUGUUGACUGGUCGGUACCGGUGUCAAUCAGGGGGAGGGGUACACCGCUAAUUUCUAAAUGCCUGCUGUGUCAAUUUGGGUUUCAGUUUGCUUCCCCGUGUCGAGGCUGUCAGCAGGCUGCAGGCACCAGCGGGUCCGAGGGGAGCUUUCGGAUUCCCGCACGUGUUUCAUCACAUGAGCUUCUAGAGGGGGACGUAAGUUUACGUUGCAGUGGUUGAACCUUCAUUUGGAUCGAGGUGCCACUCAAGUGUGGCGGCGAGGGAAGACGCAGGACUUCACAGCAACUUUUACUUUUAGUGUUCGCCGUGGCUGCUUCAUCAUUUGACAAGCUUGACAACGCGAGAUUAUUUUUGGUUCACUUUUUCUUUUUUCUUUCUUUUUUUUUUCUUUUUUUUUUUUUUGCAAGAUGUUGCUGAAGAGGUCCGUUUUGAUGUUGACUGCGUUCUGUUUGGUUCGGGUGCUCGAAGCUCACGAGUGCACGCCGUGCCAUCUCCGGAAAUGCCACGCCAAGGCGACACAAGGCUGCGAUGGUGGUCGGACCAUGGCCAAGGAUCCUUGCGGGUGCUGCGAGCACUGUGCCCGCUUGGAGUGGGAGCCGUGCGGGGGGCCGGACUGGAACCUCGGCUACUGUUCCCUGGGGCUGACAUGCGCCUCUGUCAACUCGACUGGGGCUGCCCUCAUCCCUGAAAUUGGGGUCUGUAAAAUGCUUCCGGAUUAUCCGGAGGCCGGCCUGGAAGACGAGCGAUGCCCGCUGACGACGGGCUGCGACAGAGAAGGAGAUCAGUGUGUUUGUGACGCCAGACACACCUGCCUGGGAUUUUUCACCUUCCCAGACCAGGAGACAUGCAUGAAGGCCCGUUCAGAGAAUCGAAACCAAGAGUCCCGGGAAAGGCACGGGCAGAAGUAUGUGGGACCGUCCAACCCGGCCUGCAUGUUCUCUGGAUGUAACCUGACCGCUGGCGGCUGCAUGUGCGAAUCUCAGAGCUGCGGCCACCACUUUGCCUACAUCAACCGCAGCCAGUGCCAGGAAGCCGCAGAUGAACUCAGGUGCGCCAGCGUUACCUGUCCUGCCCUCCAGGCGUCAUCAUGCCCAAAAGGCUCCGUCUUGACCAAGAGCUACACACCUCCUGCUGGUUGCUGCCCCUCCAUUUCACCCCAGUGCACCUGCGACUUUGGGGCCUGCCGCCGGCCCAACUGCCCGAGCGGGCAGCGUGCUGUGCCACUCAGCAAGGCCAGUGGUCAGCCUGGAGACUGCUGCGAUGUCUUUGAGUGCCAGAAAGUGUCCCCUAAGUGUGUGCACAACGGAAAGGAGUUCUCCGAUGGUGAAGUGUACCGAAUGGACCCUUGCUGGCUGUGCCAGUGCCGGGGAGGAAUCUCCUUCUGCUCCAAGGCGGAGUGCGCUGAGCUCGACUGUGAGAACUUCUACAUUCCUGAGGGCGAAUGCUGUCCUGUCUGCAUAGAUGUGGAGCUCCUCUCGGUAGACAGCACAAAGGCCAGCUGCUGGGUGAACAACAAGCUGCGAGCCCACGAGGAGCAGUGGAAAGAGGACGACUGCACCUUCUGCCAGUGUGUGGAUGGCGAGCCGCACUGCACGGCCAUGGCCUGCAAGCAAAGCUGCCAGAAUCCCGUCAAGAUCCCCGGCGAGUGCUGCCCCUUCUGCGAAGAACCUUCCUAUGAAACGGUCAGCCCCAUGCUGUGCCCUCCUCUGGAAAACUGCACCCUUUCCGAGAACGACUGUCCUUAUGGCUUCUAUCAAGACGUCAAUGGGUGCCUGCUCUGCCAGUGUCUAAAUAAUGACUCCUGCCCCGACCUGGGAAAAUAUUGUUCCCUGCAAUGCCCCAUGGGAUAUGAGAGGGACGUCUUUGGCUGCGAGGUGUGCGAGUGCAGCGUCCCUGUGCCCAGGUGCCGACCUUUGACCUGCACCAAGACCUGCCUCUAUGGAUUUGUUCGCAACAAGCACGGCUGUGAGAUGUGCCGCUGUGUCAAGUGCCCCCCCUUCACCUGCGACAAGCACUGCAGCGAUGGCUAUAGGAAGAACAAGAAGGGCUGCUCGAUCUGCAUGUGCAAAGAUACUGCCCAUUCCCCGAGCACCACCGCCCUGAUCCCAGUUCCCGGCUUUUGCUUUACUUCGAACGGCAACCGCUAUGAGGAAGGCGAAAGCUGGCAUGAUGGCUGCCGUGACUGCUACUGUCAUUCCGGAAGGGAGAUGUGCGUGCUCAUAACCUGUCCUGUGCCCAGCUGCUCUCAUCCAGUCAUGAAGCCUGACCAGUGUUGUCCUACAUGUGAGGACGAGUCGGGUAGUGGUCUGCCGGAGGGGAUGGACAUGGUGGUGUGCAGAGCCCCUGGUGGGGAAUUCUACGUGGAAGGGGAGACCUGGGACCUGGAUGAGUGUACACGUUGUACCUGUAGACAGGGGCGUGUCCUAUGCGACACUGAAGUUUGUCCCCCGGCUCUGUGCCAGACACCAACCAAGAACCAGGACACCUGUUGUCAUGUGUGUCUAGAGGAGACACAGAGUCCACUACUGCCAGUGAACACCAGCCAGCAGGAGUACUGCAUCACCAACGAUGGUGACGUGCUACUGGCAGGAGACUCUUGGAAGACCAACGCUUGCACCAGCUGCAUCUGCAACAACGGCACCAUUCAGUGUUUCUCUCAGCGUUGCCCACCUGCCAACUGCAGGGUGCCCGUCUUGCGCAAGGGCCAGUGCUGCCCGUACUGUCUUGAAAUGACGACAUCUGCGCCAGUGUUGUUGUCCACCGUCGCCCCCAAAACAAGGCUCACCACAAGUGUGCGGCGGGCUGGUGGGAACGCCGCUGUCACCGAACCGCCCAUUAUUGCAGACACAGAUGAGCCAGUUUUGGGUGAAAAUUACCCCAACCAAACACAGAUGGCCCUCAUCUACCAGUCAGCCGCCUGGAUACUGGCAGGUCUCCUCCUGGCCAUCAUCAUCUUCCUCAUUGUUGCUGUGCUUAUCAACAAGAAAAAGAAGUGGGUGCAGAUGUCCUGCUACAGUGCUCCGAAGAAGACUGUGAUCCUGAAGCAUGUGAACAAGAACCAGGUGGUGUAUAUGGAGCCCUCCAAGGAGAACAAGUUUCAGAACGUGAGGAACGACUGCGGGAUCCAUUUCUCCCCCGAGACGAGUUCGCCCUGUUCGGACAAGAUGAGCAUCCCAAGAGCCAAGCUGGCGAACAACUGGACGGCGCGCUAACAUCAGCUUUCAGCAGAUCGGAGCUGUCCGCCACAUCACACCCUCUCGUACUGCUGUCAUCCAUGGAAUCUCAUGCGUACACGCACACACACACA